UACGUCCACUUUUAGCGGAAACGAAAAUAAACAUCGCAGGAAAGAAUUGACAAUACCUGGGACAGUGUAGGAAGCCGACCUGCUUGCUAAAUAGUGGAGAAAGUCAACGCAACGUGACACUAAAAUGUCACGAAAUCAUUCAAAGUUAAUAUUUGUACGUUCACUACUACUUGCCAAUGGUUUAUUUACCGCAAACUGCGACCUGUCCUGGAUAAGUAACUUUAGGAAUGACGCUUACAACUCUCCCGAUGACCGUCAUGGUAAUGAGGGCAACGCCUUCUUCGCGCUGCGAAGCUGCCACCAGGUGAUGCGUGGCAAGAGCGGCGAGUUCUUCUCCCCAGAUUACCUGUGCUCCAACCCACCUCUCUGGUGCAACUGGACCAUCCAGGUAGACCCUGGUAAACGUGUGCUCCUCCACCUAGAGGACUUCACCCAGUCAGAUGCAUGCAGCGAGAAGCUGGACCAGAUCCACCUGGACGAGCCCCUGGGGGUUGUGGGGGGUCACAGGAUCCUGGAGAAGUGUUGGCGUGAGGCCAAGUACACAUCCCUCUCCAACAUCCUCCACGUGGUUCAGCUAAUCAGAGGUAAACCCAGUCCGCCCCACAGGGGCUUCUAUGGGCGAUACGAGGCAUUCGUACCGCCAGUCACGUACAAUGCUUAUGGUGAUACCACUGAAGAAGACUGGAAGCUGAUGACUGAACCAGAACUGAUAGAACUGGAACCCUUUCCAUCUCUGGGAAGUUUCACUAAGUUUCUUCCCAUGAAGGGGGGUGAACCUACGGAGGCCAUUUUACUGGAGCGCCCCACCCCGUCAGCUCAGACCAACCUGGAGGUGGUGUUUGACUAUUUUGACCAACUCCCUUCCUCUGUGUCCAAUGGGCUUCCACCAUGGGAAGCAGAGGAGCAAAUGGUCAGAGAGGGGCUCUUGAAGUUUUCUCCUGUUCAGAGUGAGGAGGAAGAUUGGAACAGAGGAAUCUCAGAGGGGACUGAAGCAGACGAGAGCCACUUGACAAAGGACUGGAAAGUGGGUAACUUGAGUGGAGAUGUGGCGGUCACUCGUCAUGGGACGUCAUGGUCAGGGAGGGAUACCACGCAGACCCACACAGCACACCUUGGAAGUGACCCCUCCACACACCAGCCCCCUGUUUUGAAUCCAAAAUCCUCAUUGCGCACUCCGUCUGCUAUGCGAAGGAACGUGGAUGCUCAAACUGCAGAUGCCAUCCCUCCUAUAGAGUUUAACAUCGUGUCACGCACAACAGCGGUGGAUGACCAAGGUGAGGAGUCUGGCAAUAAGGAAUUGCUGAAAAUGACUCUGGAGAAAGACAGAAAUCACACUGAAGUACCACACUUACCAGAAGACUACCUAUUUGAAGUGGCUGUUGAAGUCAACUUCCUUGUGGCGCCAGAGGAGAAUUGGGACCAUCUUGUGAGAUCACUGUUGAUCUCAGUGAAGACUCUGAUUAAUGAGCAGUUGGAAAUUGUCCACAUACCCAAAACCCUAUCCUCCAAAAGAAUAAAAAGGUUGAGUGCAGGAGUGCUUUACAUCCUCUGGCUGCAAAUUGGGGGUGGGCCAGAAGGGAUGAAGGAUCACAGGACCCUGCACCCAGCCCUGCAGGAGCUGUUACAGAUGGUGGUUAGCCCCAGGGGCAGCUCAACACAGGGUGUCAUAGUCUCUGUAUCCACCGCUGAUGUGAAUGAGUGUGAGACUCAGCUGGUGCUGUGUGACAUCAACGCUGAGUGUGUGAACCGCUUUGGUUCCUACACAUGCAGAUGCCACUUCGGGUUCGAGGACAUGUCUAGGCUGGGCUCGGGUGGAACCAUUUGCGUGGACAACAAGGCCGCUGAUACGGACCGGCACAAUGAGUCGACGAUUACGGUGGAUCAGCAUAGUCCUGAGCAGCAGCACCGUAACACUGGCUGUACUUCGGUGUGGUCCAGCGGGAUGGUCAAAGGCAUCUACGUGGUGUGCUUCCUGCUCAGCUUCCUCAUCCUGCUGCUCCUUGGUACCGUGGGCAUGCUGUACCACCGCCACCACCGGGGGGCCUUCCUGGUCCACUGUCGGCGCAGGAGCCUCGUGAGCGUCCCCCCCAUCCCCCCUCCUGACUACAAAAACGACGACAACACUUCCACCCGCACCAACUCGGAGCUGCCCCCUCCGGUCCCACCCAUACGGCGCCCUAAGGAAGGCUGGGCUCACCCCAAGGACUGCUGCCCCUCGGUGGAUCUGCCCCUGCUGCGCUUCAGCCCCCUGCUGCCUCUUGAUGGGUACAUGGAGCCAGGGGAGGGUGUCAAGCCUUGAAGAGAAGAUUGCUCUGUGGUUGUCCUGAAUGUGUAAUUGGAGCAUUGAGACCUGUUCUGGGCAGGUUGACUUCACUGUUUCCUGAGUUCAUUAUUUUUCUGUUUAUCUUUGCCUUUUCUCUAUUGUUGAAAUAUCUUGACUGUUACCUUUUGUAUUACAUUGUCUUUGUGUGUAGUUUGGAUGUGCUACUUGAUAUAUUCUUUGGAUCAUUGUAUAUAGUAUAUUUAACAGAUUAACUUCAAUUAAAUAAAUGUUAAAUUGG